GUUCGUCGAGACCGGCAUCAGAAUUUUCCAUAUUUCGCAUCAAGAAACAAAUCCGCUCGCUUUAAAAUCUCGAAAAAUGGCGUCAACCGCGAAGAAACAAAAGGUCGAUGGUGAGGAAAAUCAACGAAGUGUCGACGAGAAGGAAUCCGAGGCACUGGAGGCGAUUGAUAAUUUCCAAGGGGAGAUUGACGCUUUGAACGAAAAAGCUAGCGAUGAAAUCCUUAAAAUCGAACAAAAGUACAACAAAUUGAGGAAACCAUUUUACGAGAAGCGUAACGAAGCAAUCAAGAAAAUUCCCAACUUUUGGUUGACGGCAUUCAUUAAUCAUCCACAAAUUUCUAGCAUUUUGGAAGAGGAUGAGGAAGAAUGUUUGCACUUCUUGGAAGCUGUCGAAGUGGAAGAAUUUGAGGAUAUUCGGUCCGGUUAUCGCAUUCAUUUCCAUUUUGAAGAGAAUUCAUUUUUCACAAACAAAACCUUGACGAAGGAAUUCCAUUUGGGAGCCGUCAAUGGCAAGGAUAAGGAAGCUGAAGCAACGCAACCAACAUCCACGAACACGAAAAUCGACUGGAAAGCCGGUCGCAAUCUGUUGGAACAUUUGGAACAACAACGUGCUUCGGGCAAACGGAAGCGCAACUCCGACUACAAAUCCUUCUUUGCAUGGUUCACGGACAACAAUGACCCAGCCUGCGACGAAGUUGCCGAACUGAUAAAAGAUGAUUUAUGGCCAAAUCCCUUACAGUAUUUCCUCGUGCCCGGAGACAAUGACGACAUUGAGGUUGAAGGAGAUGAAGAUAUCGGAGAAGAGGAAAUCGAAGAAGAAGAAUUGGGUGACUCAGGAGACGAAAAUUAAAUUUUCAAAUCUCACGUAUACAUUUUUGUAAGCAAAACAAAAAAAAAAGAAAUGAAGCAAGGUGUUGUGUUCAUUCGCGAAAACAAAAAAAAAUCAUAAAUUACCACAAUUUCUCUAAGAAUGGAAAAGUGACGACAACAAAAAAAUAUUAAUUUUACAAAUUAACCACUCUUUAUAUAUAAUUAACGUUAAAAAUUUACAAAAAAAAAACAGAACACUUUAUUAUUUAAAGCGUUGACAAAAAAGUAACGACAGAAAAAGCAAAAAGUAUGAGCGAAAAGUGUGAUUUUUCUCCCUCCUCUCAUCAUCCCGUUAAUUCAUAGAAGUCAUAAUUUUUUUUUUUAAUACAAACCAUCCACACAUCCCGUUUUAACAUAAAUUAUAUAAUAAAAUAUUUUAGAAAUAAAAACACAUCUUGAAACAUUAAAUAAAUAACUUGAUCAAAUUUAUGUAACAAUUGAACUGAAUGAUUAACUGAAUAAGGAAUGGACAUUUAAAUUG